AUGACUUCUACCUCUGUCGCAUUCAUUCUCGGCUAUGGCCCCCGAGUCGGCGCCGCCGUGGCCCGAAAACUCGCCAGCAACGGCUACCACGUCGCCGUCGCGUCUCGGGGUGGCAGCAACAGCAAGACCAGCGACGGGUUUCUCUCGCUCAAAGCCGACUUCACCUCGCCGGACUCGAUCCCAGCACUCUUCCGCUCAGUCAAGGACGAGUUCCACGCGGCGCCGGCGGUGAUUGUGUACAAUGCGUCCACGUACACGCCGCCUCCGGUCGAGGGGUCCGUCUUCUCAACACCCCUAGAGACCGUGGUGUCGGACAUGAACGUCAACACACUCAGCGCGUACGUCGCCGCGCAGCAAGCUGUCGACGGGUGGACCACAUUACCCGCCGAGACAAAGAAGACGUUCAUCUACACGGGCAACAUCAUGAACGUGCGCGUCCUCCCGUGGCCGACGAUGAUGACGCCCGGCAUGGGCAAGUCCGCGGCGGCGUACUGGAUCGGCCUUGCCGACACGCUCUAUUCAGCCAAGGGGUUCCGAUUCUUCUACACCGACGAGCGCUACGAGGAUGGUGCCUUGAAGGGAGGUGCUGUCGACGCCGACGCACAUGCAGACUUUUACGCGCAGCUGGCUGCGCAAGAGGGGAAUGUGCCGUGGCAUGCUACAUUCGUGAAGGACAAGGGCUAUGUUGGAUUCAAGCUCUGA